UUACGCUUUAUACAUAUAUAUAAAAAAAAAAAGAGAGAGAAAUGGCUCCCUUGACAAAGAAAGCAAAGAAGGAAGCCUCCGAAAAAGAGCUUGAAGGUUUCUUGUUUGGUGACAGCAAUGAUGAUGUAUGGGCCAAAACAGGUCAUGAAUUGGAUCAAACCGAGUCCAAAAAAGAGGAUCAAGAAGACGAAGAAGAGACAGAAGAAACUGAACAGACUUUCUUUUUCGAUUCCGGCCCUGUAUCAUACACAUUGGACGCACCCGUUGAACUUGACCACCAGUCUGACAGCGAAAUCGAUUACGAAGCUGAAGAAGGCACAGAUGCCGAUGCCAACAGCGAAAGUGACGAUGACGAUGAGAGUGAUAGCGAAAGCAAAUUAGACGGUAAAGCUGCUUGGGAAGACGAGGAUGAUAAACGUAUCCAAAUUUCACUAUCUGCCAGUAAUAUUACCAAAAAACUUCGUAACGAUGUGGAUGAAGAUAUCGUGGACGGUGUUGAGUAUUCUCGUAGAUUGCGUAGACAAUUCAACAAGAUUUACCCCAAGCCAGAGUGGGCUACUCUUCCUUCUGAAAUCAAGGCAGAUAGAAAGCGUAAAGCAAUGGAAAGCGAUGAUGAAGAUAACAAGGAUAACGACGAUGAAGAAGAACAAUUAGAUGAAGAAACUAGAUUAGAUUUAUUAAAGAGCACCAUGGGUAUUUUGGCCAGAAGAACUAGAAAGACUGCAUUACCAUCAAAUAGAUUAGAUAUUUUGCGUAUCAAGAACGCCAAUCGUGCAGCACCUAAAAAUCAUACACAAAUCACUGCUAUCGCCUUUCAUCCUAAUGCACAAAUUAUGUUGACAGCCGGCAUGGACAAAACAUUACGCUUAUUCCAAAUCGACGGUAAAAUCAAUCCCAAAAUCCAAUCUGUCGUGUUUAAGGAUAUGCCAAUUUAUCAUGCAGAAUUUCAUCCAUCUGGAAAUCAAAUUGUUGUGAGUGGCAGACGUCAGUUCUUUUACAUUUAUGAUAUUCAAUCCGGUAUCAUUGAUAGAUGUCCUGGCAUUUGGGGUAAAGAGGAAAAGUCAUUAGAAAGGUUCUCCAUCAGUCCCUGUGGUCGUUAUAUUGCAUUUUUGGGUAAACAUGGUGUCAUCAUCAUUGUCAGUUAUCUCACCAAACAAUGGUUCUGUGAUCUCAUUGUCAACAAGGUCGUCGAAUCUGUUGAUUGGUCUGCAGACGGUGAAUUCAUCUUUGGCUUCAGCAGUGAAGGUGAAGUGUUCCAAUUUGAUAUUCAAAAGAAGGCAUGUGUCAAGCGUUGGAUCGAUGAUGGUUGUAUUGGUGCUAGUGUCAUUAAGGUCAGUCCCAACGAGAAUUACUAUGCCACAGGCUCAUCCACAGGUGUUGUCAAUCUCUAUGACAGAUCAGUUCUUGAUCCCAAGAUCAUCAGACCCAAGCCUAUUAAGGCUUUCAUGAACUUGACAACGAGAAUUAACAACAUUUUGUUCAACCAUGAUUCAAAGUUGAUGGUUGUCAGCAGUCAUUCCAAACAAGAUCAGUUAAAGGUCAUCCAUGUCCCCACAGCCACCACUUUUUCCAACUGGCCAACAGAUAGAACACCUCUUGGUAAAGUAGGACGUCUUGCCUUUUCCCCCAAUAGUGAUUACCUUGCUGUUGCUAACGAUAAAGGUGCUGUUUUACUCUACACUUUAAAACAUUACGCUCUCCAAUAAAUAUCUUGUACCAUUUCCCCCCACCCCUCUUUUUUUUUUAAGCACGCACGCACACGCACACACACACACACACACACAAAUACACUCUCCCCCCACCCACCCAUAUUCUUCCAUCACUAUAAUUUUUUAUUUUUAAAAAAAAUAAAAUAAAAUAUAUAUUUUCA